AUGUAUUUUAUUAAAUAUUUCGCUAUCCUUGUCUUGUUUGCAAUCCAACUUAGUGUUCAAAAGUCAAUUCCUGCAGAAGAUACAACAUUUGACGAAUUAGGUAGUGAAGGAACUCAAGAGUCAGCCGAAGUAAUAGCAUUUAAUGGAUUAGGUAAUAAAAUACCUCAAGAACCGGCAAAAGUGAUAGCAUUUAACGAAAUAGGUGAUGAAAUACCUCAAGAUUCAGUUGAAGAACCAAUAAAAAAACCUAAGAAAGAUUCUAAAGUUAAAAAAGUUUUGAAAACUGCUUCACAUUUUUUAAAAGGUGCUUUAAAAACUGGGGUAUCAGCUGCUGGACAUGGAUUACUUGAAAACAUUUUAGGAGGUUCUUCUAAAAAUAAAAAGAGUAAAAAUGGUAAUGGAUUAUUUAAAGGUUUAUUUGGCAGCAACAAAAGUAAUUCUGAAUCUGAUGAAAGCAGCGAAGAAAAGUCUAAAAACAAGAAAAAAGGUGAAAACAAAUCUGACUCAGACGAAAAUGAAACAUCUUCAAAGAAAAAAUCAUCUGGUGGCUUUGUCAAAAGCUUUAAAAAUAAAGUUGCUGGAAGUGCAAAAGAUGGCAUUAAAAAGAAAUUGACUAGUAAAUUGUUUGGCAAAUUAUUCUGA